AUGUCUGAGAAGAUUUCUUAUAUCCCGGAUCUAAAGACUACUCCAACCUACAAAGAAGGAGAUUCUGAUACAAUGAAAAUUGAAUAUGAGAAAUACCAGGAAGACGGCUUGAAAGUCAAGCUUUAUAUGCUUGCUUCAAUGUCUAACGAGCUCCAAAGGCAGCACAAGACUAAGCCAGAUUCUAGAACUUCGGUCCAUGAUCAUGUAAUUAAAAUAAUUAAUCACAUUGAGAGACUUAAGCAGUUAGGAGUAACCAUGGACACAGAAUUACAAACGGAUUUGGUUCUGCAAUCACUCCCUGACUCCUUUUCACAAUUUGUUAUGAAUUUUAACAUGAACAAAAUUCAAGUUGCGUUGCAUGAACUUUUGAACUUGUGA